AUAUGAAAUUGGAAUUCACUUUCACUUCAGUUUGACACAUUUUAAUUUUAGCCUAUUGAAGGAAGCAGUCGCAAUUAAGUUUUGUGAUCAACAUACAAAACAGGAUAAUCUUCAAGUCCUUGAAAAGCUUUCCUUGACACAUUUACGUACCUGCAAAUUGUACUUAGAGAUUGACAAUCACUUAUGACAUUGGCUUGAACCUCUUUGGGAUGUUAACAGUGGACACAUAGUUACCGCAAGAUGAAUAACAACUCCCAGCUGCGGACAUGUUCCUUUUUGGACAUAAACUUGGACAAAACAGAAGCAACACAAACAGCUAAUAUUCUAACUUGUAUUCUCAAUGCAGUGUUUUGCAUGAUAACCUGUUUGGGAAAUUCUGUUAUUCUACAAGCAAUCUGGAAAACGCAAGAACUUCAUUCGCCUUCGUUCAUCCUUCUGUUUUACCUGGCUGUUUCGGAUCUCCUCGUUGGACUGAUUUGUCAGCCAUUUUACGUGGCGUAUAAGCUAGCCGAACUUGGAAAUGACUUUAGUCUGUAUUGUGUUUUGAGGAUGAUUCAGACAAUAUCUGGCUGGACUACAUCAGGCGUAUCUUUGCUAAUUUUAAGCGUGGUGUCGGUUGAUCGACUUCUCGCUUUAACACUUCAUUUACGCUACACGACCAUUGUCACUGUUCCUCGCGUACAUCGAACCGCUGUUUUUCUCUGGAUCUUUUCUAUAACGGGAGUUAUGUCAAGGUUUUUCUUCAAAAACUGGGUCAUUUUUCCGACGGUAAUGUUACUUUUCACUUUGCUUGUUACAGCCCUGAGCACUCUGAAGAUAUUUCACAUUGUGCGUAGACAUCAGCGUCAGAUAACUCAACAACAACAAAAUGUUCAAAACAACACGAUAAACGUGCUCAAAUGUAGGCGGUCUGCUGUGACUAUUCUUUAUAUUUAUGGUUUGAUCCUGUUAUUCUAUCUUCCUUUGUGUGCGACAAUGCUUGUGGAUUCAUUCUUUGGAUACACUUUGGCAGUAAAAAUCGCUUAUGACUAUGCAGCAACUGCUAUUUUUAUCAACUCCUUCUUAAAUCCAGUUGUGUAUUGCUUAAGAAUUGGAGAAAUUAGACGAGCUGUUAAGACCACAUUGGGAAAAAGUUGAGCUUGAAAGCGUAAUACACAUUUUUUUAUAAGA